AUUGUCUGGUCGUUUUCCAACAUAUCCCAUUGCAAAAAAACACAAUAAUAACUAAAAUUAUGAAACAUUACUCACUCGAACAGAAAAACACUAAUCUGCAAUCCUCUUUAUAAUUAAAAUAAAGAUAAUGAAGUGUGAUUCCCAAUUGCCAUUAUCAUAUUAACGAAUUUUAUCACUUUGUAUUGAUAUAAAUACUGAGGUGUUACAAUCAAUUACCAUAGUGUCCCCUGCAAGUUAAACAACAUGCGAGUCCUUGCAUUCCUGGCUUUGUGCUUAGCGGCCGUCGCAGCCGUCCCAUCUAACCCUCAAAGGAUCGUCGGUGGAUCAGUUACUACUAUUGACCGGUACCCCACUAUUGCUGCUCUGCUCUUUAACCGCUGGGGUAGCACCUUCUCUCAAUCUUGCGGUGGUACUAUCCUCAACAACAGAUCCAUCCUCACAGCUGCCCACUGUACCGCUGGUGAUGCUACUAGUAGAUGGCGUAUCCGUGUUGGCUCUACUUGGGCUAACAGCGGUGGUGUCGUUCACAACGUUGCCCAGAACAUCAUUCACCCUCAAUACAAUCAAGGAGUUCGUUUGAACAACGACAUCGCUAUCCUGCGCUCCGCCUCCUCCUUCUCCUUCAACAACAAUGUCCGUGCUGCAUCCAUCGCUGGUGCCAACUACUUCCCAGCUGACAACCAAGCUGUCUGGGCUGCUGGAUGGGGUGACACUUUCUCUGGUUCAAACGCUGGCUCCGAACAACUCCGUCACGUCCAGGUUGUAGUCAUCAACCAGAACACUUGCAGAAACCAGUACGCUAACACGGUCUUCUCAAUCAACGACAACAUGUUGUGCUCUGGCUGGCCCUCUGGUGGUCGCGACCAGUGCCAGGGUGACUCUGGUGGUCCUCUCUACCACAACGGCAUCGUUGUUGGUGUCUGCUCUUUCGGUAUUGGCUGUGCUGACGCUAGGUACCCCGGUGUCAACGCUCGUGUGUCUCGCUACUCAUCUUGGAUUGCCUCCAACGCAUAA